AUGAUUUACCCGAUUCUUAUACUUGGCUCUCAAAGUCAAAGAUCAGUAAAAUUAUGCACUAUUGAAAAAUUCGAAUAUUCGAUUGCAUAUAGUCACAGUUUAGUUGGUCAAGAAGUAAUCGUAACAUUAGAAGCUACCUUCGCUCCAGUAUUUGGUACUUCCUCACCGAAAACUUUCCUCAUUAAUUCUAAUUUUAAGACAAUGGGCGGUAAAGAUAAUAACAAUCCCAAUAAUGGACAGCCGUAUAAUUCCGGUAAUCAGCCUGGUAAUACAGCAAAUGGAGGCGCUGUCGACGAUCCUCUGAAAGAUGAAGGAUUUGACAUUGGAUAUCAUGGAUCAAUUGAAAUAGGCAGACAAACGUUUACUGUAAUAUCCGACACUG